UCCCUCCACUCCCUCUUGCUUUUUUAGCGGAUUUCUUUUAUCAGCGUUUGUUUCGUUAGCGUGUAUUUUAACGAAAAGUUUUGAAAAAAUUGAAUAAAUUUGGACGGUAGAGAUCUUACGUCAUAGAUUACCCAGUUUCAAUGAAAUAGAUCAAAUCAUCACAGUUCAGUUGUAAUUACCCACUUAUCGUGAUACUACAGUUGUUGUGAUCGCAGUGGUUAAAAGUUGUACAAUAUGACCAAAUCCGAACACGAGUCCGGUCAAAAGCUCACCGUGCUGCCGUCACCUGACAAGUCAUCCAGUGACAAGAAAACAUACAAAGUGAUUCGGCUUCCAAACAAUCUAACCGCUUUAUUAGCUUCAGACGGACCCGAACUAUAUCGCGAAGAAGAUUUCAGCUCUACGAACGAUCCGGCCAAUGGCGACCGAACCAAGAUCUCUUCUAACAAGGAUUCAACCCCCGUUGGUGAAAUUAAAAGCGACAGAUUCGCAGCUUGCGCGUUAUCGGUGAACGUAGGCAGCUUCAGCGAACCGGACGCUAUACCCGGUUUAGCUCAUUUUCUAGAACACAUGCUGUUCAUGGGUAGUGAAAAAUACCCGAAAGAAAACGAGUUCUGCGAUUUCCUCCAGAAACAUGGUGGUUCAACGAACGCGUGGACAGCUGACGAGUACACGACGUAUUAUUUCAGUUGUAAUAUACGUUAUUUAUUCGAAACUUUGGAUAUAUUUUCGCAGUUCUUCAUUUCGCCUUUGAUGAUGAGAGAUUCGAUUGUUCGAGAACGAGAAGCAGUCGAUUCCGAGUUCAAUAUGUAUACUUCGUCGGAUUACGCUCGAGUCGAUCAACUAGGUCGUAGUUUCGCCUCCAAUGAGAAUCCGGGUAGUAAAUUCAUGUGCGGUAAUUUGAAAACGUUAAAGGAUAACGUAUCCGAAGACGAACUGUACGAGUCGUUGAGAUCGUUCUAUCAACGAUGCUAUUCGGCUAAUUUGAUGACUGUCUCGAUUAUAGCUAAAUUACCGAUCGAUACGUUGGAGAAAUACGUGGUGGAGUGUUUCAGUAGUAUACCAAAUGGUCAAAUACCCGUGCCCAAGUUCGAUACUAUCUCGAAACCGUUAUUCGUACGAGAUAAAUUCCAUCGAAUGUAUUACGUUACGACGAUACAGAAUAAAACCGAGCUACAACUCAUGUGGCAAAUGCCACCGAUCAAAGCUCUGUAUCGUACUAAACCGGACAGAUUGAUUAGCUGGCUCGUAGGACACGAAAGUAAAGGUAGUUUACUAUCUUACUUCAAGAGUAAACUAUGGGCUACGUCGUUGAGUGCCGGAGCCCACGAAAGUAACUCGUUAUAUUCCUUAUUCGGUAUUACGAUCACAAUGACCGAAGACGGAUUCGCUCAUUUAGCCGAUAUAAUCACAGCGACGUUUAGUUAUUUGAAAUUAGCUCGAGCUUCGUUACCGCAGCAGAGAUUUUACGACGAAGUACGAAUGCUGAACGAUCUAGAGUUUAAAUUCCAAGAAGAAAUGGAUACGUCUACGUUCGUUACUCAAGCUGUGGAAAAUAUGCAUCUGUAUCCAGCCCAAGAUUACUUCACCGGGUCUAAUCUGUUCUUCGAGUACGAUCCCGAUCAAGUUACCCAACUAUUAGAGUACAUUACUCCUGAAUCGGUCAACAUCAUCGUCCAAGCUAAAGAAUUCCAUCCUCAUUAUUCCGUAGUCAUGGAUCAAAUCGAACCUUGGUAUCAGACCAAAUACACUUCGGUACCGAUCACCGAAGAGCAAUUGAGCACUUGGAGAGACGUCGAACCGUAUCCGGAAUUCCAUUUACCCGGCGAUAAUCCGUUCAUCGCCGAUGAUUUUCGUAUCAUUUCAGAAACCGUCGACGUCAGCAACGAAUAUCCGAUCGAAAUAAAAAACGACCAGUUUAUGGAAGUAUGGCAUAGGCUAGAUACGGUGUUCAAGUUACCAAUGGCUUAUAUAGGGUUACAUUUCUUAUCACCGACUGUAAAAAAUACGAGAUCUUCGUCUUUGAUGCUGAAUCUGUACGUUAAUCUGAUCGACUACGUUCUACAAGAGGAUACAUACAUGGCAGAUUUAGCUCAACUGAAUUACUACAUGUAUGCCUCAUCUAGAGACACUCUGUACUUGAUAUUUACCGGAUUCAAUCACAAAUUACCCAAGUUGCUGGCUACUGUCAUCGAACGAAUGAAGAAUUUCACCGAAAACCUCACCGACGAUAUGCUAAACACUCUGAAAACCGAAAUGAAGAAAAGCUGUCGUUCGAGAUUACUCGAAAAGAGUUCUCUAUCGAGUGAUCUACGUCAUAUGACCAUGCAAGAACCUCAUCAAGACCCUAGUCAGAUGUACAGCGACGUAUCGAGUAUCCAAGCUAACGACUUGAUCGCAUUUAUCGAGACCUUUUUCGCAAACUCGUACGUACAAUGCUUAGUCCAAGGUAAUAUUUCGGCCCUACAAGCUCUCAACGUUUGUAACAGCGCGGUCAGCGUUUUCAACUCGAAACCGGUUCAGAAAGUGGAUUUACCUCGUAUACGUAUGAGACGUAUUCCAAAUGGUCAAAAAUGUCUGCUCAUGAAAUCGUUUAACGAACUAGAACGAAAUUCGACUACGAAUAAUUAUUUCCAAUGGGGUACUGCUAACAUCUUGCAAUCGGUUAAGUUGGAAUUAUUAGUCAAAUUAAUGGAAGAAAAAGUAUUCAACGAAUUGAGAACGCAACAACAGCUCGGUUACAGCGUUUCUAGUUGGUUCGAUAAUAGCCACGGUAUCGUCGGUUUCCAUAUAACGGUUAGUUCGAUCGCUUCGAAAUUCGAGACGUCUUACGUCGAAGAAUGUAUUUCGAAAUUUUUACACGAUUUUUGGCGAUCGCUCGAUGGAUUCGAAGAAGACGAAUUCCUGAAAGAACGCGAAGCAUUGAUUAAAGAUAAGAGUAAAGUGUUCGAUAACCUGAACCAAGAAACGAAUUGUAAUCUAGAAGAAAUCGUUUCCGAAGAAUACGUGUUCGAUAGAAAAACCAGGGAGAUUAAUUAUCUGCGUAAUAUAUCGCUGGAUGAUAUCAAAAAUAUGAUGACGUCGAUGAUGACCGAAGGAAGUGAUCGAAAUAGAAGGAUUACGAUCCAGUUGGCUGGUUAUAAAGGCGAUGUCGAGACCAACGUUACGCCAUUAGAUGAUCAAAAGUUCGAGUUCAGGUUUUUAAAAGGAGAGAAAAAUUUGGAGAAUUAUUAUAUAGAAGAUAUUGAUCAGUUUAAAUCCGCUUCAGUCCUGUACCCUGUAUCUAAAAUUAUAGAUGGUGAAGUUCCCAGUGAACCGUUUUAAUAACGUGGAUCGUGAAUCUCGACGAUGAAUAUGUCUCGUAGACAUUUUUUUUGUACGGAUAUUUUGCACAAAAACGCUUUUCAAUUGCAUUUGUAUUAUUCGUUCAGCGAUUCGACGAUUUAUUUCGCUUACCUAGUCAUUUUUAUUUCUACGAAUAAUGUAAUUUUUGUUUUUUUUUUUUUCAAUACCUAUGUGAGCUUAUUAUUUUCUUUAAGUACGUGCAUACUUGAGUAUUUAAUUAGUACACUGAAUUGUUCUUGAACCUUAUAAAAACCGGUUAAUUUAUUUGAAGUUAUUAAAAUGAAAGUAUUAAUGAAAUUUUAUUUUCUUAGAAUUAUUUUCGAUUAGGUUAUACGAGUACAUGUUUUGAUUUGUAAAAGACUAGGCACCCAUCCCCAUUCUUCGGCUUAUGUUCCUGUGAAAAUUCCAUUUUUUGUUACUACAUUAUUUUUAUAAUUUAUUUAAAAUUAUGGAGUGUUUAUUUUAAAAAACGAUAUGUUUUAAUUUAACGUUUUGUGAAGAAAAAAAAUGACAAUGUAAUUAUUAUUGUGUUGUUUGAAGACAAUGUUGGAGAAUAAAAUGUUUGCUUUGAUGAUA